AUGCCCGAUGCUCAUUAUGAAUCUCAUGAGCCAUACAUUAAUGAGCCUCCAUUUGAAGAGCAUCUGGAACCAAUUGAGACACCCAGUAUGCGAUCGAAUAGUACAGAUGGGUACGUUGACUUUCCAACUAUGGAGUCAAGCAUUCAAGAGGAUGAGGAAUCACCAGUAACACGCAUGAGACAUACUGUAAAUCAAUUGAAAAUCGAGAACAAAGCCUUGGAACAAGAACUGGCUCAUGUGAAAGAGCUUUUGAAGCAGAAGGAUGCCCUUCUGAAGACAAGAAAUCCGUCGUCGUGUCCAGUUUGUUUCUUGCAGUUUAAUAAGGAUGAUUGCAAAGAAGCAACCGUUGUCCCUUGUGGCCAUGUUAUCUGUUUCGAAUGUGGACGAAAAGUCAAAAGCUGCCCGACUUGCCGUUCCAAACCCGUGAAAGUCAUCAGAAUCUUCCGAUCAUAA